AUGGAAGCCAAAACAAGUGUCACCUCGCCUGUUCGUUCUCCGCGCUCACCUUUAGUAGCUUUGCUCACAGCUCGACCAGGUCUUCACUAUGCUGCUGACCUGGCUCGGGGCGCGGCCAAGCAUUACACAAGAUGCCCAUUGAGCUGUCCUGUGCGGGUAAGAGUGUGGCUAUGGGUGUGGGCAUGGACGUGUGUGGCGCUGAGUGCAUCCCAAGGUAUUGGUGCUGGGCAAGGAACCAUCCUGCAAGACUUCCCAAUUGCAGCCGAAGAAAACUUCUACUCCUUCAACCCAGAUGGAACCUACACUUUUUCUUAUGACACAGGUGGAGGUGAACAUCAGAGUUUUCGGAUUGAGAUGAGGGAUGCUUCAGGUCGAGUCUCUGGUCGGUUUGGCUAUGUGGAUCCAGCUGGUGCCCUGCGAAUUACUGAGUAUCAAGCAGACAGCAGUGGGUACAGGGCAAGCAUAGAAGUGUACCACCAAGUGAGCCUGGCACCCCCUACACCACUGAUAGUGGGACCUUUACCAAAGGAGCCCACUACCCUCCCUGAUCCCCCAGCAGACCCUCCACAGCCACCUGUCAUGCAUCCAGUGGGACCAGCCCCUUUCUUCCCACCCCAGCAGCCUGUCCUAAUCAUUGGGCCACUCCCUAAACCACUCCAGCCUGAAAGUGCUGAAGAUGACCAGGAUCCUCCAGAUCUGAAUGAGGAUUCACUCUUCACAGUAUCGUCCAAUCCUCUGAUUCCUGCUGUGUUUCCCAAGACUCCUCUGGGAGAUGCUUCCCCUGGAGACCUCCUCAAUUCUGCACAGGGAACUGAAGGGAUAAGCAUCCUGCAAGGAAACUUCACUGGUAUUCCCCAGCAAUCUUCUUCUGAUCCUGAAAUUUCUCCAAAUAGUACUGUCACAGAUAACCUGCAAGUAUCUUAUGAUGGUAAUCUUGAAGUUUAUCAGAAUAGUACAGUUACAGCAUCUAGAACACCAACAGAAGAUACAAAUCAGCACAGAGAAUCACUGGAUGCUGCUGUUAGGGAUGCAGGACAAACAGGAGCCUCAAGCAAUUCCCAGCAUUUCCCACAAAAACCACAGCUGCUCCUGACCCAAAAUGGUUCUCCUGUGACUCUACAAGAGCACAAGGAUAUUAUUAAUCCAACUAUGACUAACCAAGAGAGAAAAGUUGCAAUCACUGUACCUGGUGUCACAGUCCAUGCAAAACAGGGAAAUCCUGUCAGUGAUAGUGAUGUAAAUUCUUAUACAAACAGUGACCUUCUCCAGCCUUCACCAACCUCCACUAUCAUGUCAACAGUAUCCAGACUGGCAGAGAGAGGUGCCAAAAGGGAAUCUGCAACAGCAGCAACUUCAUCACCAAUGUUCGUGACAAAAAGGAAUGAUGACCCUAGAAGCCAAUCCAGGAGGUUCCGUAAGCUUCCUCCUGUACCUCCCACUCCAUCCCAGACUUACCUCCCAGUGGGUGCUCCCCGGCACCAGUAUCCCACUGCACCACUCCUUCAGCUGCCCCAAGACUCAAAUAGUUACCCUACAUAAGCCAUCAAGCAUUUGGUAGUGGAACUCUUGCCAGAGUAGUUUUCCUGAUCUCCUGAUGUUGAGGCAGUGGUAGAAGUGAGCCUGCAAAGUUCAGGAUUCAGUUAGAGCUGUGAAGUACAUGGUAGCUGUGCUUUUUAUCCACAUGCAUAAAUGUUGUAAGUGCAAUAUAUGUGUAUCUCAUGCCACACUAAUUACUUUUUAGUUGUAAAAUUAUGCAUUUUGAAAUAAUGACACCAUAUAUUUCUGAAAUGCUCACAGCAAUCACAAUGCUGCACAUGAAAUUUCAAAGUGUUCCAUAAGUGACAUGACAAAGCCUGGGACAUUCAGUUGGUGUAAGAAAACCUGUAUGCUCAAAUCACUGCACUAACUUUCAAGAGUGGAAUACAAAUCUAAAAAGAAUGUUUAAGUUAGUGAUGCAAUGACAAAAUAAACAAAGGUGAUAAAUUUGUAAUUAAUGUGCAAUAUAUUACACAUUAAACACACGUAGAAAAACACUGCCUCUGCCCCCAGCCAGUGAGCCAACAGUGAUGUGAGGUUGUUCACCCAACCUGAUUGCUCACAGACAAUGCAAGUGUGUCAAGUUCCUCCACUGUUGGAAUCUCAACUUGUGAUGGACUCAGCCAAGAGCCUCACACUAGCUAGUCAAGUUCUGAAUGAUACACCAAUAAACUUUCAUAUAUAAGUGAAAUAAGAAAUAUCUCUGAAUUUCAAAGGAAUGUCUUCUGACUCCAUCUGAUUCUCUGCUAGGUUUUUGUUAAGUGACAAAAAGUACAAUGGUUGUGUAAUGAAAGUUCAUUCAGAUACUCAUUUUUCUCCACUAGCAAACCAAUACUGUAAGCACUGAGGGAAAGAAUAAAGAUGCUUCAACAGCCUUUCCUAAGUGUCCAUGUACAAACUAACAAUUUUGUAGAAAGUGAUAGUUUAAACCAAAAUAGGGAGACACAUCUACUGAAAAUUUUGAUGACCACACAUAACAAAAAUUGUACUCAAACUGAUGGGCUUUAACAAUAAAUUAUAAAGAAUUGGGAAUGUAAACCCUGAA